UAUAAAAUGAUCAGACAGUUUCUGCGCCCGUUCCUUUCGGUUCGUCCGCUUCGCUGUAUGGUGGAUGAGAAGUUCGAGGUGCGCGUGCAGGGUUUAGUGCCCGGUGCUCGGGUCACGCUGCACGCGCUGCUCCAGUCGGAGGACGGAGAUUUCUGGGAAGGUUUCGGUCACUAUGUCAGCGAUAAGGCAGGAAACGUCUCAGUCUCUGAAGAUGCCAGUCUGGGUGGCUCAUAUGAUGGAGUUGAAGCCAUGGGUCUGCUGUGGAGCAUGAAACCUAUUCCUGGAAGCAGGACAGGCCUCAGAUUGAGGAAGCAAGAUGUCCAGACACAGACUGAUGUGUCCAUAUCUGUGUACAAAGACCACUUAACACAUGGCUUCCAGGAAAAACCUUCAAUAGCAUCAGUUGUGGCAGAGCGGUGGUACACGGCCCCUGGAGUUCAGAGAGUUGAUGUUACAUGGAAAGGAUUAAAGGGAACUCUUUUUAUUCCACCAGGUCCGGGUCCUUUUCCUGGUGUGCUGGACCUUUGGGGUGCAGGAGGGGGUCUUGUGGAGUAUCGUUCUGCUCUACUAGCAUCCAGAGGCUACGUCUCAUUAUCUUUGGAUUAUUAUGCACAAAUGUAUGCUGAUGAAAAGAAUGGUGGAAUUGGUUAUUUUGAGACAGCAGUCACUCUACUGAGGCAGCAGCCACAGGUGUGCCCUGAAAGAAUUGCAGUUUUGGGUUUGUCAUAUGGUGCUUUUUUGUCCAUAUACAUGACGGCAUAUUCUACAGUGCUGAAGCCUAGAUGUAUAGUGUGUUUAAGUGGAACCCAUGUUUUUCCUGUCAGUGGAUCAACAAUUGAUUUCUCAGUAGCGUUCAAAAGAAUGAAAGAGAAAGUCCAAUAUGAUAAGGAACACAGACUUAUUUGGCGAGAUUUCCUGCUACCAUUUACAGAUGACCCUUUGAAAAAAGUUGAAAUAAAUCGCAUCAAAUGUCCCAUUUUGUUAAUUGUUGGAGAAGAUGAUCAGUGUUGCCCAUCAGUAGAGGCAGCAGAUGAUAUGAGGCAGAUAAUGGAGCAAGCAGGUAAUAGUCACCUGUUGAAUGUUCUGUCCUACCCUGGAGCUGGCCACCUCAUUGAGCCUCCUUACACUCCACAUUUGCAAGGCAGCAACUUUCAGAUUGGACAGACAAGAAAAAAAGUGAUAGUGCUGUGGGGCGGAGAGACGAAAGCUCAUAGUCAUGCUCAGGAAGAUUCCUGGAACAAAACUCUGGCCUUUUUGGAGAAGCACCUCUAUAGCAAUACCAGUGAUUAAAGAUUAAAGCAAUGUAGCUCAUAGUGAAAGGGGAAAACAAGAGUCAGAUUUAUUAUCAUUUUACAUUAUGAUUUGCCUUAAAUAAGCUAAUAAAGAAGAAUAUUCAGAUCAUAAAUCUGUGGUAAUUUAAAAAAAGGUAAUGUAAUUAGCCUAAAGUAAAACUACUAAGAAAAGAAACAACAGAUGGCCUAUAAAUUUUCCCAGUGAUAUGAAUAAUUUUUUUUAUCACACAAACGUAUCGUUGGUUUUCCAGUCGUAGAUCCAUGGUUAC